AUGACAGAAAUCCUGAUACUUACCCCCUCGAAAGCAAGCCCUCUGGGGUCUCCAUUCAAAAGAAAACUCACACCGUCGCCUGAAUCGUUCCCUUCAAACAAACGCGUGAUUCUGUCCCCAGAGCCACUAUCUCAUGCUCACCCAGCGACCGUGAAUUCUGUCGUUGUUCCACCACUCUGCCGACACAUAGUCAUGCCCUUCGAUCUGUCUAAGGAUAAGAAAGGAUUUUCCAACCCCAAUCUCAACAUCCUUUUGAAUCUUUUUCCGCAUCUGAUAUCUGUGUCUUUUGAUGGAUACAGCUUAGUUUUUCUUUUUAGCACAUUGCCACCAAAGCCAUGGCCAAAAACAAUCGCCGGGGCUUUGCCUUAUUUCACGACCGAUUCUAACAACAACGGCCCCCUUUCCCCUUUUCUCAAUCGCCAGAGCAAACAACCCAAGCUGCAUUUGUACAGUGAAAGGGAUGCCAAUGACCUGCUCCCACAGGAGAUUGAUGAAUUCCUUGAGCUUGUAUCAAGUGCCUUUGGCAAACUCGAUAUCGCUGUUACUGAGAUCCAGUAUUGGGAACACUUCUUCGUCGUUGUGCUCGAGGACCGCAAUACCGAUUUGAAAAAUGUCCCGUGUCAAUUUGCCAAAUGCCUAUGUUUUUAUCUUUUUGAAUGGGAAAUCCAUCGACCGGAUAUAAAUUCAUAUUCUGCCCGCCGCAUGAAAGAGCCAAGAGACACCGUGAAAGACGAUAGUACGUAUGAAAUAUUACGUCCAGGCAUCAUGGUCAGCUCAGGUUGGCUGAACGAAAGUGGCGCCGAACUCCUAACCUCAUCUGGUACACUGAUUCGAGACUGUACUGGCGAAGUUUACAUGACCAUCGCCUCGCAUGGAUUCCCCAAUGGCGGUAAAGUCUUCCAUCCAAGCGCCAAUGGCAGACAGAUCGGAAAGAUUAUCAAGAAAUUCGACCAUACUGAUGUUGCGUUGGUCCAGCUUGACGACACCGAGACUUUCACAAAUGAAACUUUCGAAAGUCCAGUUGAUGACGUUCCAGCAACAAAACUACAAGACUUUUUACCAUUCACUGAGCCAUUUAUGGCUCAACUUGUUUAUAUGAACAACCCAUUUACAGGAUAUUCUCGGGGCAUGGUUGGCGCUUAUUCAAUUACACGAAUUCCCAGCGAUGCCCAAAAUGCGACCGACAUGCGAUGGAUCAAGACCAGAUGGUUUUACCUGGGCCAGGAUUUCGUCAAAGAACUUGUGGAUGGGUUGUACGGCUCAGUAAUCUGGGAUGCAGAUGGCAAGGUGCUUGGAUUUUUCAAUUUUGCAAUUACACAAGGAGCAUUGAUGAACUGGGGCUGUUUCGUGGCAAGCGAUGAAGUUGCAGAACAGGGCUAUUGUAUUUCACCAUAG